AUGGCUUCGACAGAAUGUACAACUACUAGAUGUAAUAACAACAACAAUAAUCAUCUUGAAUUGACAUUUCCGGAAGAUUUUUGGAUUGACAAAGAAGCGAGUCGAUGUUGUAACUCCAUCACUGUCAACGAGAAAGACGAUGCCUUGGUUAUCUCUGUGACUCUUCCGGAUUUUGAUGUUCAAUAUGAAGUAAUUGGUGGAAUUGUUGCUAUUUUUGGAAGAAAGAAAGAGACCCAUCAAAAUGAUGACAAAACUGUCGACAAAUUAUCCGCCCUAUUUCAACAACCGAAAGGUAAUGUCAUAUUAAGUGAUGUGUCAGUUACAGAAUUCGCGGCGCAAGUUGUAACAGCCAGUUUUAUCGAUGAUGAUAACGACGAUAAAUAUAUAUCAGACUUUGAUCAAAGCAAGGAAACGCUGCCGUUAAAAGUGACCACUAUGACAUCUAUCGAACGUGAUAUUAUAACGAAAAACUAUCAAACAUUUUGUCAUCCGAUAAAAUUACCAAAUGAACUUGUCGGUGUUCCGCCGCGGUUGGAAUGUGAUGGUGUUAAUGGGAUGUUAAAUAUCGUAAUGCCAAAGAGAACUGCUGAUGUUAAUGCGAAUAUUACUGUUGAUGCUGAUACUAAUGCUGAUGUUCAUACUGAUACUAAUGUUGAUGCUGAUACCGCAUCCCGAGAGGUUAAUGUGUCUGAACAAGCUCAUCGGAAAGCGGGUGAAUUGUGUAAAUGGAUGGAA